AUGGCUGUCACUGACUCGGCUCUGCGAACUCUGCUAUCUCGUCGUACUCCACGUCUGGCUAAAGGUGUCAAAAAAGGUGAUCAGAGGGCUUCCGGAAGUUUGCAAACGACCUUUCCCUCGGUAUUCUCGACUAGCUAUGUCGAAGGUGUAUUGAGCCGGGCCAGCUUAGUACCAUCGAUCUCAAAGGCCUUGGGUGCAUUCUGUGCACGGACGGCUCCUCAUCAAUCUGCAGGUUUCCAGUCCAUAUUCGAGGCCAAGACAACCGCGAACGACCCUACUACGCCGAUAGCGAAUAUAUCACAUGUCUCUAUCAAUAAUGGCACGGGGACACAACUUUGGAUGGCCUUGUUGAGCAAAAUUUCAGCUCCUCAACGGGAUGCAGUAUUGUCCGCCAUAGCCUGUGCUCCACGGACGAGCGAUUUAUCCGAGCUGUAUCAGCUAUCAGAUGCUGAUUCUGUGGACCGCAGCCUUGAGCAGAUUCAGAUCGCGCAGCAGGAGGGUCAGUGCAUCAACAAUACCAUCAGUCACUACACCAAUCCCGUGGAAUAUGCUGAGGAAGCACGAGACUUUGACCUAAAUUCGCUCCACACAGAGCUGCAGACGUGGGACCUGACUGUCCUCUCUGGUACGCAGCCGCACUUUUGCAAUAGUCAUACAUUUGUCGAGCAAGCGGAGAAGAGCAUAUUACUACUCAGCAGCAGCGACGAAUGGAUGUCACACCGCAACACCACCCCAGCGAGUAGCCAAAGCUCAACACUCAGCUCUGACAUCUUCCCCUACGUGGAGCAUACCAGUUCUUAUGAAGGGGGUAAUCAGAUUGGCAGCUGUAAUAUGUGGGAUAAGCUAAUUGGUCCAUGCGCAAAGCUGACUCAGAGCGAGACCCGAGCGGAUCCGCUUCACGAUCCUAUGCUUUUUGGCCGCCUCGGCCUCCAGCAGUAUGAGAUAUAUCCUGAAGACCUACACGUCACUGUCGCAGCGAUCGAGAACAACGCGAAAGGAUACGAUAUCUCUGGCUCCGAAGUUGACCUGCUCCUCCCCAGCUCGCCGGACACUCGACCAGCAGAUUCGCUCCACGGAAUAGUCUCUACAUUCCACAAGAACUCGGAUCUACCGGUCACAUCUGACUCGUUCAACCAAGAGCUCUUCUAUCCCGAUUUUCAGAGCGAUUGUAACCUGUUCGGGACGCAAGUUGAGGUGAUGCACCUUGGCAAAACACUGGCUCAUCUGCAAGCCAUGUCGACUCCAUCCGCCGCCGCUACAGCUAAUCAACCGGAUCGGCCGAUAGGUGGACUUGACCAACGAAAUACAGCUAAUGCGGAUGGGGAGGCAUGUCUGCCCUCGUCGCCUUCGAGGCCGUUUGUGAAGCGUGCGAGCACAGUGUCCAUGGGCUCGUCGACGAUCUCAGAUUCGCCCGGCCGCCGAAGCAGCCUGCUUAAACGACUUUCACGAAGAACGUCAAAAUCGUCAAAGCACGAAGACCUGGCUAUGAUGGAAUUUGAUAUUGGCAACCUGCAAGGCCGCAAUAUUGAACUCAAGCGGCGAAAAACACUUGAUGAUUACAACAUAAACGAUGAGCAAAUCCGAGACGAAGACGAUGAGAUGAUAUUUGUAUGA